AUUCUUUUCUCAUUUCACCAAACCACUCUUUUCACCUCUAUACUUCUUCUAUUUUUUGUAUGUCCCCCCCCCAUAAUUGCUAUUACUUUCGCUAUUGCUUUCCUAUUGCUAUUGCUAUUGAUAUUGCUAUUGUUAUUGUUAUCACCAUUUGUUACAACUAUUAAGUAUAUGUAUGUCUAACAUUUCUUUGAUUUCCUAUCAUUAUUAUAUACUAUUGCCUUGACUGGACUUAGUCUCCAGCUCCUAACAACAUGGUUAAAGUCGUCAUUUGCGGUGCUGCUGGUGGUAUCGGUCAGCCUUUGUCUUUGCUCUUGAAGCAAUCGGAUUUAAUUUCGCAUUUGGCUCUUUAUGACGUGGUGAAUGCAGCUGGUGUCGCCGCAGAUCUGUCACAUAUCAACACAAAGUCCAAGGUCACAGGCCAUGGUAAGGAGAGCAUGGAUGAGGCCCUAAAGAACGCACAUACAGUCGUUAUUCCCGCAGGUGUGCCUCGUAAGCCUGGUAUGACUCGAGAUGAUCUCUUCAAGAUCAACGCGGGUAUUGUGCGCGAUUUGGCUGAAGGCGUUGUCAGAAACUGCCCCAACGCGUUCGUGCUUGUCAUUUCGAACCCCGUCAAUUCAACUGUACCCAUUGUCUGUGAAGUCUUUAAGAAGCACGGUAUCUUUAAUCCUAAAAGGGUCUUCGGAAUUAGCACAUUGGAUGUAGUGCGAUCUUCCAGAUUUGUUUCCGAAGUUAAUCCCAAGAUCGAUCCUGCAACCCGUGUCACCGUUGUUGGUGGCCACUCGGGUGUCACCAUCGUCCCUCUGUUGUCUAAACUCCCUCAUGGGUUCGUAGACUCCCUCUCAAAGGAACAACUCGAUGCCCUGACACACCGUAUCCAAUAUGGAGGAGAUGAGGUCGUAAAAGCUAAAGAUGGCGCUGGAUCUGCAACUCUCUCAAUGGCCUAUGCAGGUGCCCGAUUCACUCUGGCAUUGCUUGACGCCGUUAUCGGCGGUAAACAAGGAUUGAUCGAGUCCACCUACGUGAACCUGGAUGCGGAUCCACAGGCCACAGCUUCAUUCAAGGAGAAGACUGGACUAGAAUAUUUCGCUCAAGAUGUCGAGUUUGGUCCUGAAGGUGUGAGUAGAAUCUUGCCUUUGCCCACGGUCUCUGCGUAUGAACAAACACUCUUGGACAAUGCCUUCCCAGAACUCAAAGCCAACAUUUCCAAGGGCGUGUCUUUUAUUACCGAGAGUGCUUAGACCAUAGGAAAAAAUUAAAAAAGUCUUCCUUAUGCACAUCCUCUCACUACUUUCAUUUCGAGCACAGUCAAAUAUAUACUUUUGUAAAUAAAGAAAAGCAAGCACAAGUUCAAAUGCG